AGCAGCUAUGGGGGCGGAAGUGAAGGUCUCAGAGACGCGCGACCUCACUCGCAUCGAGCGCAUUGGCGCGCAUUCUCACAUUCGAGGUCUGGGCCUGGAUGAUACGCUCGAGCCGCGUAAUGUGUCGCAGGGUAUGGUUGGGCAGAAGCCCGCGCGGCGCGCCGUGGGCGUCAUCUGCAAGAUGAUCAAGGAGGGCAAGAUCGCCGGACGCGGCGUGCUGCUCGCGGGGCAGCCGGGCACUGGAAAGACCGCGAUCGCCAUGGCAAUGGCAAAAUCCCUGGGCGAGGAGACGCCCUUCGCAAUGAUGGCCGGGAGCGAGAUAUUCUCGCUGGAGAUGAGCAAAACGGAGGCGCUGACGCAGGCAUUUCGCAAGGCCAUCGGUGUGAAGAUCAAGGAGGAGACGGAGAUCAUCGAGGGCGAGGUUGUGGAGAUCCAGAUCGAUCGUCCGGCCACGGCCGGGGCGGCGUCCAAGUCCGGGAAGCUCACGCUCAAGACGACCGAGAUGGAGACCGUGUAUGAUCUCGGCAGCAAGAUGAUCGAGGCGCUUACGAAAGAGAAGGCCCAGAGCGGUGAUGUGAUCGCCAUCGACAAGGCCUCCGGGAAGAUCACCAAGCUCGGCCGAUCGUUUGCUCGCUCCAGGGACUACGAUGCAACUGGAGCACAGACUCGAUUCGUCCAGUGCCCCGAUGGCGAGCUCCAGAAGCGCAAGGAAGUCGUCCAUGUUGUGACUUUGCACGAGAUCGAUGUGAUCAACAGCAGGACGCAAGGAUUCCUCGCUCUUUUCGCGGGUGAUACCGGCGAGAUUCGCUCGGAAGUAAGGGAACAAAUCAACAACAAAGUCGCCGAGUGGAGGGAAGAGGGAAAAGCCGAGAUAGUUCCGGGGGUUCUCUUCAUCGACGAGGUACACAUGCUAGACAUGGAGUGCUUCUCGUUCCUCAACCGAGCGCUGGAGAACGAGAUGGCCCCAAUCCUCGUCGUCGCCACCAACAGGGGCAUCACGAAGAUCCGAGGAACGAACUACAAGUCGCCGCACGGCAUCCCGCUCGAUCUCCUGGACCGGCUGCUCAUAAUCUCGACUCAGCCUUACACGGAGGACGAGAUGCGACGGAUUCUGGACAUCCGGGGGGAGGAGGAGGACGUGGAGAUGGCGGAGGAGGCCAAGGAGCUGCUCACCAAGAUCGGACAGGAGACGUCGCUCAGGUAUGCGAUCCAUCUCAUCACAGCCGCGGCCUUGGCUUGCCAGAAGCGAAGAGGAAAAGAGGUGAGCAUCGAGGACAUCAGUAAAGUCUACUCGCUCUUCAUGGACGUGAAGCGAUCGACGCAGUUCCUUAUGGAGUACCAGGAACAGUUUAUGUUCAACGAAGUCCCCGACACCAGCGAGAUGGUGGAAGGCUAGAAAUCAAAUUUUGCGACACCAGCGACGCAGAUUUUCUACGUUGGUUUUGUUUGCGAUAGAAAUGAGAAAAGCUUUAGAUCAUUUGAAGUAUAGCUUUUCUACAUUGGUUUUGUUUGCAAGAGAUUAAAAAUGAUAUCUUUGAGAAACGUUUUUAGAUAAUUUGAAGAUGUUUUAUUUGA